GUCCAUGCAGGCGUCCCUCCAGCCGCAACUGGCGGCACGCCGCGAGGUCGCCCACGGAACUGGCUCUGCUCCUCGCCUUGCGGAGCCGUACAGGAGGCUCGCUGCCCCAGCAGCCGAGCCCUCCCACCGGGCGCCUCGGGCAGCCCUGGCUGCUCUUGCAGGCUCCGCCGCAGGCGGCGCCCUGCGACGCAGAGGUUUGGGAAGGAAAGUCCAAAGGAAGAUGAUUGAAAGGCGUGAACACUAUCUGCAAGAGACCAAACUAGGUGACUAG